UUAGACGCGAGUACUUCCUGUUGACACGCAGAGGCACGAAAACAAACUUCUUAUGCCUCAAAUAGUCCAGUUCUUAAACAGACAAUUACCUCUCUGAGAUAAUGACGAAUGUGUAUUCAUUUGAUGGAAUGUUGGUCUUUGGCCUGCUUGUCAUAUGUACCUGUGCCUACAUGCGACGGGUUCCUAGACUCAAACAGUGGUUCCUGUCAGAGAAAAAAGGCUUGCUAGGAGUUUUUUAUAAAGCAUCUGUUAUUGGCACCCGACUCCACACACCAAUAUCGGUCAUCUGUAUCCUCAUGGCAUUCUAUGUUCUUCUACUCAAGUAACCAUGGAAACUCACCCCUCAUUCCGUCUCCGCCCAGAGUUGUCUGCCCUUGUUCCCUCAUCCAUCAUGACUUUGUAUCACAGUAAGUGUGGGAGAGGCAUGGACAUUACAGAGGACAGUGGAUAGUGGCUGACGAGUCAGCUAGGCAGAAGCUGUGUAAUAGAUGAAGAACAUGACUUUCUGUGAUCACUAUGUACUUACCAUGUUUGUGUCCAGAUGUCACAUGGCAUUCAUAGUGCUGAUGUUACAAUUUGCAGAGCUCCAGAUGCUUUUUUGUAUAAAAUAUGCACAACAAAUCACGUUUACCCACUUAAUUUCAAGUUGCGGUGUAGAAAUAUGCCUGAAAAAUAUUAUUAUUCAUUAGUGCAACUACUGUGCGUAUUUACCCAAUGUGGCCUUUAGCUUCUGUACUGUAAUGAUUUGUAUUAACUGAUCAAAUGCAGGCAUCACUAUUGCGUUGAUUAAUUGAUAAAAGUGCUAUAUAUCUUUUUUAUUUUGUAACCUAGAGAUAUCACUGUAGUGAACUUGCAACAAGUGAAAAAAUUGCAUCUUCCCGAGGCAAGGGAGUUAACUGACUCUAAAAGUCCAGUUUCCAUCCUUGCCAAACGAGGCUGGAAUUUCUGGGCUCGAUCAUAGCGCCACCAACCUAUUAUGAGGAAUGUCCCUCCUACUGACCUAUCAGAUACCACCUCUCUGAUCACUUGCAUUUUGCAUUAAACAAAAUAGCGGCGCCCAGUCAAGACAAUCUGAUUAAUAAUCAAAGUCUAUGUUGUGAUAAAACAGGUCUUACGUCGCGAAGUGCAUCAAAUCAGGUGAGCACCUUGAUUAAAAACAUGAAAAAAUGUGAAACAUAUCUGUAGACGCCGAGUUGGUGGUACACAUGCUUUGCAAUCAACCAAAAUCUGCACAGCAGUUUACGAACUGUAUGUCGUUGUCGUUGUGCAGUUUUGAGCCAAAAUGUAACUCCAUAAUACCAGCCUAGUUCGGCAAGGGUGGAAACUGAACUUUUAUAGUCAGUUAACUCCCUUGCCUCAGGAAGAUGUAAAGUUGGGGCAGCACAUAAUCAGGUGCGAAGUCAUCUGUAACUGCAUUUUAGGCACAAUUUGUUUUUCAGAUUUGUACCUUGUGGACACAAGGGAGUUAAAAUGCAUUGAAUACCAAAAGAAACAUGUAAAUAGCCAAUGAUAAUGACUACAUGUGACUAAAUACUCAUUGGCUUUAAAAGACGACCUGGAGUCCUGACUUCAUCUUGUGUGGUAUUCAUUAAUCAUGGGAUUUCACUUGGUCUGACCCAGUGUCUGAAAUAACUGCCAGCCCGCCUGCCCGUGGCUGGUAACUUUUCUAUCAGGCUGCAUGAAAUUUUCCUCCACCUGCCCGACUGUCUGGCAGAUAAUUUUAAUACUACUUACGUAUUCCGUUUUAUCAUAACUCCUCAUAAAUUCUCAAGUAAUUAUUUGCAUUAUUUAAGCUGUAUCAAGAUGCAAUUUGUCUCUUAUUUUUCACGAUUUUUCAAUGUUCAUCAUGUCUGAAUGCGGGUGGGUAACUUUGAAAAUGGUCAGGCACCUUUCAUGGGUCACCUGCCCAACUGUCUUGUUGGGUUUUCAAAUUAUUUCAGUUGGUCUGACCAACUGUUAAACUUCAGGAAUUCCGAGACUACUCAGUUCCUUUUUCUAAAAACUUUUAUCUCUUGAAAGAAGAAGCUAAAUACAGAAACUCUAACCUUAUUUUCAUUUGCGCAAAAAUGUGGGCAGGUUAUUCUGCAAAACAGUGAUAUAAUUUAUUCAAAUUUUUCUCUUCACAGUGGCUAAUGCCAUGACAUCGCCUAAAAUAGGCAGAAUGUGAAUUUCAUGUACAUGAAACAAUUAUGUGGAUAAGUUGUGACAUACAGAAAAAUGAAGAUCUAAGGCUGGUUGUAUUCAGGGUGGUUUCGGCCAAAGUCGGUUGUAUCGUUUCUCAUCACCAUUCUUGUUUUGAUUAUCAUAUUACUAUUUGUUUAGAAAUGUGUGUAUAAAUCUCGAGAAUUUGUCCUAUUUUUAGGUUUCCUCAAGAAUGUAAAGUAAUUUACAGAUUAAUUUUUACGUUGGUAGUUUUCUAAGCUAUACAGAUAGGAAUAUAGAAAGAUUUGAAAGAAUGUUACCAUGAUGUAUGGUGUAUGUUUUACCUUAAAGAGGGGCUGUGCUCCACUGUCUGGAAUCCAUUAUCGGUUUAGGUCUACACUUUGUGAUCAGUGACUUGUAUAUGAGUGAGUUGGGUUUAACGCCACUUUUAACAGUAGUCCAGUUAUAUCGCGGCGUGUCAGCUUAAUGUGGGAGGAAAGCCCGAAGUGAUGCAGGUCUCAGACGUUUACCCAUUCGGUGAAACC